CCGAUGCACCCGUCGGACGGUGAUAUGAUGCGUAUGUGCAGUCGUGGCUAGGGCAGUAGAUAUACCGCAAAUGGUCAUUCUCCCGCAAUUUUGUAAAUAGCUAGCAUCGCGCCCACACUGUAGUGCAGUGAAAAGUAUUUGUCCAUCACGAAAAGCCCGCGGCGGGAUGAUUGCCUGAAUCGUGUGUGAUUCCACGAAGCGGGUGUGAGUGAGGCUGCCGUGCGGAUGUGCUACAUUUAGUGGCAAAAUAUAGUGUUACGAGCGUGUCGCGUUUAUUCCGGUCAUUCAAGAUUUGCAUAGUUUCGGAAAAUACCCAUGCCAACUACCGAUGGGUGGACAAGAUGUACAGUUGCGAUGCACAAUCGGGUCGUCGCUGGAAACGAGUUCUAGCGCUACGUUGUGAUUUGUGAACUAAUCGGUUAAGUGUCUUUUAAUGGGUGGCCAAGCGAAAUUUAUAUGUGAAAUAAUAACAAAAUGGCUUCUACUGUGCAUGAACCGGACCUAUUCAAUGAUGUCGAAAUAAUGGAAAUCAGCGAGUUUAAUACGGAGAACGACGACAACUACGUUUCUGUGGAGCUAUUAUCGGAAAACGAGGAGGAGGAGGUAUCACUCAGCGCUGGCGCUCAACACGAAAUCAACGAAACGCAAAGUAACCCGAAUCCGCCCCAACCGGAAGAGGAUCGAUAUGCGAUGCCGUCGGAAUCCCAUCAUCAAUUCCUUUCCGAUCAUCAAUACCUCGUUGGCACCAGUAUGCAUCACAUCGCACCCCCCGAGGGUGCGAGGGAUCAAAUUUCGAUGCCGCGUAGUGAAAGAUUCACCGUCUCCUACGAUAUGGACAUCAGGACGCAGGAUUUGUUCAACAAGGAAAGCCAGUCCGGCGGCGCAAGCCACUUGGAAGGAGGCAAAAAUGGAGAAGAAUUAAACAACAACAUCGCUAUGGAAGACGCUGAUUAUAGGAUUUGCAAAAUCGAGAUUGAAGAUCCCAUAUUCCAAGAGUCAAACUACGAGUAUCUAGAUUGCGUAGCGCACGAAGAAAUUAUGGCGGAUGAUGAUGGUGCAGUGCAUGAAAGCGAUGAAGAUGAUGGAGACACGAUUGUCAAAGGACUCAUUAACGGAAUGUCCCAGGUGGAAACCGAUGAGAUGAGCCCAGCGGAUUAUGACCAUUCUUACACUUCGUUUGGCGAUAAUAACGCCUCCCGGAAUGGAGAUCGCCGAUCGCCAUGUACUGAGACGGAUCAGGUAGAACUGGUACAGCUUCAUACAAAGGGUGAUGAACAAACUCGUCGAACAUCUUCAGACGAAAUACGAAGCGAGACGGACAGUUUAUCGGUUAUUCUAUCGACAAAUUGUUCGGAACGUUUAGAAAACGAUGGUGGUAUUGCUUCGUCGGUUGAUUCUCUGGAAACUGUGAACGAACAUGUUUCGAUGGCAACGGUUGUUGAAAAUGGCACUGAGAACGGUAGUGCAGAUACCGAUUGCGUUGCUUCACGCACAAAUGAGCCAGUUGAUGACGCGCUGGAUCAGCUGCUACGACUUGGCGAUCACUUCGCCAAACAGUGUGAACAGUGGUUGGAAAAAAAUUCAGUAAAUGAUAAAAAUCAAGACCCAGCCAAGAUGACACGCUUGCAAUCAAUGUUGGAAACGAUUAAUUGCCAAUACACGCGAACAAUGUCAACCCGGUUACACAAGUCAGCAAAUGGCGCCGCAGGGGAGUGUCGAAAAGCAGAAAUCGCCAUACAAACGGACCAUUCCUUCUCCGAACGGAAGUUGAAUGCCAAGUACAGGAAGAAAAUGUUGGCAUCGUCUGGUGAAAACAGCUCGCUGUCCGAGAGUGAAGAAUCGUCUCAUAUGAUGAGUGAUUUCAUGCGACGCAGACAAAUGCGAAGUGCCAAAGACAACCAAAAAAAAUCUCGCGAUAGCGAUGCCGAGGGAAGGCGUUGUAGGAAACAAAUCUACACGGAUAGCUCCUCGGAAUCGGAUGCUGCGGUCGCUAAAGGGCGAGAAGGUAAUCGCGUGGAAGCCGACGAUGGUGAUCUUUCGCAGGAGGGCCUGAGCGAUGUGGACGAUAUCAUGCUCAACUUCCAAGAAAUCUUGCCGGCGGCAGAAGAUAUCGUGCAGGAUUAUCUGGAAAAGGCGGAUCUAAAAAAGCAAGAGAAAAAAUUGUCAACCAUGACCGAAGCUGAGUUGGAACAGUACAACGAAGAUCAAGAAGAUAAAGAGAUUGAGCGGCUGUGCAAUAUCAGCUACCUGGCGGUGGGCAGAAGCACAACAGCUGUUGUUCCCACUUCGGCUAGUUCCAACAAGGCGAAGGCUAAGGAAUUGCAGCCGAAAAAGCAAAAAGAACUGAGCACCAUGGAUGACUUUUUGAAAGAAGAGAGCAGCGAUGCCACUGCUCAAAUUCAAGGUUCGGACAAUUCCGAUAUUAGUGAUAAGGAAGAAACGGAUACGGAGGAACAAUUUCUUCAAAAAAUUAAUGAUAACAUGAAGCAUCAGCUUCUGAAUCAGUCUAGUUCCAGCAGCUAUAGUGUUAGUAGCGAUGACGAUGAAGAUGUUAAACGCAAGGAUCUUUCCCGGGACAGUAAUGAGGAUUCGGAUGAUUCAAACGAUUCUAUUAUGGACAGUUUCUUGAAGCAAUAUGACGCAAGAAGUAGCGAGCGAAAGGAUUGGACAAAAAAAUACAGACCAACGGAAGGGGAGAGCGAGGAAAUGGACAAAAUUAAAAAUGGAGACACAACAGAAGCAAGUUUACCCGAGAGCCAGGAUGAAGAAAAGGCGAAAGACGGAAAGGAAACCAAUUCGGUCGAUAAAAUAUUGGUCGAUAGUUCAAUCGAGAAAGAAGAUGCAAAAACACCCUUCGAAAGGGCGAGCAAAGUAGAACUUGCUGACCCCAAAGAUAGAGUUCUCUUCAGUCGAAAAGUAUUUGAAGAUGGGGAUGAUAAGUUGCACAGUGAAAGUAAACCCGCGGUUAAACGUGUCAAAGUGAAACGACGCAAGAAACUGGGCAAUUUGGACAACUCCGAUUCGGAUUUGGGUCGAGAGACAUCAAGUGCCGAUUCCGACCUCGAGCUACUGAACGACUCUCCGAUGAGCCGAAAAAGGAAACGCAACCCAUCUGCUACUGAAGAACCGUUCGACUUCAACGAACCGCUGUUGUCGAACUCAAACACUCGAAAAGAAUCACAAUCCAACAGUGGUUCCAGGAAGGAACAACCGGCAAGUCAAACUACCGCUGCGAAGACUGCAAACACCACCACCACUAUCACCACCGUAGCGUCACCUUCGGCAACGGGUGAGUCGUCUACGUCCACGAAACAAAAAUCGUCAACAAAGGACGACCAGGAUUGUAUCAGCUUAAGCUCGGAAAGCGACGCCGACACGGAGGUUGUUCCGGGCGACCUGGAAGAUACCGGAAGGGGGGCUCCACUGGAGGCGAAGCGUAAAAUUCGGGCCAUGCUCACCAACGAUGAGCUGGCGGAGGAAACGAAAAAGGCACAAAAAGAGGAGGAAGGUCGCGUCUCGAGGCUGAAGAAAAAGCAUGAACAAUUGAAAAAGUUCUUGCAAACUUUCCGUCCCCGCGAUGGCGAGAGUGAACUCGUCCUCGACUACGAUUCGGGCCGUAGCGAAGCAAUUUGCGUGCAUCCGGACAUCGUGAAGCUCCUGAAGCCGCACCAGAUCGAAGGGAUCAAGUUUAUGUAUGACAAUACGUACGGAUCGGUCGAAGCGCUUCCGAAGCAUCCGGGUUCCGGGUGUAUUUUGGCGCACUGCAUGGGCCUGGGGAAGACGCUUCAAAUGAUUGCCCUCCUGCAUACUGUGAUGCGCUACCAGCAGCUACUAACGAGACGCGUGCUGGUCAUCUGUCCGAAGAGCACCGUCAUGAAUUGGAAGGAGGAAAUCAUCCGUUGGCAGGGCACGAUCAGGACGGGCCACCAGAUGCGGGUGUUUUGUUUUGGAGACGUGUGCACUCAGGACGAUAAAAUUUCCGUGCUGAAGAAGUGGUUCUCCUGCUCGGCACCCAACUGCGGGGUGAUGCUCAUCGGGUACGAAGCGUUCCGCGCGCUGAUUAACUACGAGCGCCGGAAACGGCCGGUGGAGCUGCCACGGAGCAGCAGCAGCAAGCUCGAGCGGAUCAAGGAGUAUCUGCUGAACCCGGGUGCCGAUUUGGUCAUCUGCGACGAGGGGCACCAGAUCAAAAACAAACGAUCGGCGAUCAGCGAGGCUGUCUCGAAAAUCAAAACGAAGCGCCGCAUCAUGCUUACCGGAACGCCCAUUCAGAACAAUCUGAAAGAAUAUUACUGUAUGGUCAACUUCAUCAAACCAUCUUUCCUGGGCAGCGAUAAAGAGUUCAGUAACCUUUACGCAAACCCCAUCAAGAAUGGUCAGUGUAAGGACUCCGAUCAGCGUGCAAUAAAAAUAAUGAAACAACGGUCGUACGUGUUGCAUAACAAAUUAUCAAAAUUUGUGCAGCGAAAAGAAGCGGCGGUGCUUAAGGAAUUCCUUCCGGAAAAGUAUGAGUAUGUUCUGUUCGUUCCACUGACGCCGGUUCAAGAAAAAAUGUACGAAGUAUUUCUUCAAAUGAACGAAUACACGUCGAGCAGCACCGACAUUGUCGGAGGCGAACCGGGAAAGACGAAAAAAUUCAAACUUAUCGCUGAUUACACGUCGCUGAGAAAAAUUUGGACACAUCCCAAGGUGCUGGAAAAGGCCUGGGAGACGGCAAUACUGGAGAAAAAUCGUAGAGAAAACGCCCGGAAAACGUCCACACCCGACACGGACGACGAUUCGCCGGACGAUAAGAAUGACAUCGCCAGCGGGCAGCUCUCGGUGACGAAUGAUUGGUGGCGCCAGUACCUGCAGGUGGCCGACCUGGAGUCGCUGUUCCCGAGCAACAAGCUGUGGAUCAUGUUCGAGAUACUGAAGCAGUGUAACGAGCGCGGGGAAAAGUGUUUGAUAUUUUCCGCGUUCGUCGCGGUGCUGAAUGUGGUGGAGCACUUUAUGGCGAAAAUUCACCAGCAAGCGAGUGACCCGCAACAGUCGGAAGCGUUUGCGUACAGCGUGUUCAAGGGCCCGUGGGAGGCGGGCAAGGACUACUACCGGCUGGAUGGGAAAACGCACAAGACCUACCGACACAAGAUGAUAACCUCGUUCAACGACCCGCGGAACACGCGCACGAAGUGCUUCCUCAUUUCGGCGAAGGCCGGCGGGCAGGGCAUCAAUCUGACCGGCGCAAACCGGGUGAUCAUCUUGGACACGUCCUGGAAUCCGUCCAACGACCAGCAAAACAUCUUUCGCAUCUUUCGGCUCGGACAGAAGCGGAAGUGCUACGUCUACCGGUUGCUCGCGAUGGGCACGAUGGAGGAAAAGGUGUACUCCCGGUCGGUGACGAAGCAGGCGCUCAGCUUCCGGGUGGUGGACGAGCAGCAGAUCGACCGCCACUACAGCUAUGGCGAAUUGGCGGAGCUGUACACGCUGACGAAGGUGUCGGAGAUGACGCGCGAAACUCCCAUCCUACCGGCGGACGACGUGCUGGCGCUCCUGUUACGCCUGUUUCCGAAUAAAAUUUUCAAGUACCACGAGCACGACUCGCUACUUGAAAACAAGCCGGAGCAGGACCUGAGCGAGGAGGAAAAGAAGGAAGCUUGGGCGGCGUACGAACGAGAAAUUCAAACGAACGAGAACCGAUCGCUGAUGUCCGCGUGGGGCAGUAUGUCACAGGGUACCGGUGCCAUGGGAUGGCAACCACCGUUCAGGAUGAUGGACUAUUAUAAUAACUUGGCCGCCAUGCAAGCGGGACCGUCGAUGAUCGGUGGCACUUCCGGUGGAGAUUUAUACCGGACGGAAUACUCCUUCACACGAGCGAUGUACAAUGCGUACGCACAACAGCAGCAGUAUUCGUUGCUUAACGACUCGCCGUAUCAGUCGAUACUUUCGAAAUCUCCGUACGGCGCCUAUUCCGGUGCUUUAGACUUUGGUGCUUCCGCUUUGCUAAACGGUCAACCUGGUUCCUCUGGCUCGAUGGGACCGUUUGGUGGAGGAGGAAAACCGUACGAUCCUUCUAUCCUUUUCCAGUAUGGUGCUGGUGGAGGUAGCGGCGGCAGCAGUACCAACAUGCCACCGGCAAUGGGUUCGAGCCAGAGUUCACUUCCCCCCCUUCCGUCCACCUCGCCGCUAGCCGCCGCCGGAUACAACGGAGCGAACAGUUCCGCCGCUCAUUUGCACGCUCUGAAGCAGAUGAGUGAAUACAACGCCCUGAAUUCGGUGCUACACAACCCGGCCCAACCGUCGUCGACGUCUAUGGGACCUACGAUCUCCAGCAUAGCGUCACUAGCGGGGGGUCAUAAACCGAGUGGGCUACCAACCAGUAGUAUUAGUAGUUCCGUUAGUACCAACGGUAGUAGUACUGCUAACGUGCUUAGUAUGCUUAACGAGCAAACCAAGCUGCUGGCUGCCGCGUCAGGGUCUGCUUCGUUUGCCUCGGCCGGCUUGUCUAGUCCUUUUUCGCCUCGAAACGUGCCACUGCUACCGCCCACAAUCGAGUCGUCGAUGCGGAGCUUUAUGGGAACGGCACAACCGAAGGUGCAACCGACGAAAACUUCAUCGUCGUCGUCGUCGUCGUCUUUGCCUAAAACACAGCCUACUAUGGUGUCACAACAUGCCACGAACAGCAGCAGUAACACAGUAAUCACCAGUUCCCCGAGCACGGCACGAAGUACACCCGGGUUAAGCAGUGUGAUAACAACGGCUAUAAGCAGUACACCCAAAAUUACCUCCGUUACAUCGAUGGCCCCACGUGCAAUGAAUUUGGAUCUACCAAAUAAUAGACUUCCGCUAGAUGUGCUGGCGAGUAAAACUGUCCCCGAUAGUAGGAGCAACAAGAACACCCCGACACCAGUUUCGGUUCUCCCUCCAUCGACAACGAUUAGUUUAGGACCGGCGCCGGUUAAGAAGACCAUUGCACCAGCGCCAGCACGGACUAGCAGCAGUCCCACCAUCAUCCCGAGUGAUGAUGAUGACAAUGAGGAAGACGUUACGAAUAAAAUUGCGCAACCACAUGUUAUUGUGCGUAAUGUUAACACGCCAACAACCAACGGAAGUGGAGCGACGAGUGGAGGGGACAGUAGUAGCAAGUCGAAGAAGGAGUUGGAAAACCGUGCCACAGCUGGUGGUAACAUCGGGAUCGUGUAUAGCAAUCCCAAAACGCAACCCUCCAAGCCGCCAUCCAUCGGCAUAAAGGAUGUGUUGAAAAACGCAAAAUCCCUGACUAAUUUGACGCAACCGCAACAACAGCAAUCGAAACUGUCACCCUCUCCGUUGUUGCGGAUUACGAAGACUGGUUCGCAAACGCCAACUCCACCACCGAUCAUACCGACGCCCGAAAAUAGACCGUUCCAAAAGUUUGUGCGUGCAAACAGCGCUACGGCCAUCACGGGUAACGGGUCAAACCAACAGCAGCCGCAGCAGCAGCAGUCGACUAUGGUGAAAACUGUAUUGGACAAGGCAAAACGUCAGUCCCCGUUGCCAAGAAAGCUGCUCCCGUCUACAUUGAAGCCUGUACAGCAACCAACCCAAAUCGCUAAGGCCGUUGCCUCGGCACCGGUUCGUAACGCAGUGACAACUGGUCAGCAGCAGAAAACGGUGCUCCCCAAACCGGGCUCAUCGCCAACCGUCGCCACCACCGGUGGUCAGGUUUUGAAAACUCCUACCGUUGCAUCAACGGCGUCCACGGCAUACCGAGGACAAACAGCACCAUCCACGGUUACGACUCUCACCAAGGCUGCCCCAGCGGGAUUUAUCACCAUUACUAAACCACAGCUGUCGACGACCGUUGUCACUCGUCCGGCUGGUCCGUCCGUCGCAGGAAGUGUUGCUGCAAGCAACAAACCAUUGCAAAAAUACGUGGUAAAUGCUAACCAACUCACGAGAAAGGCAUCUCCGGUGCAAAUGCCCAUUGGAAAAGCAUCCCCGGGUGGGACCGGUUCAAUUUCUGCUGCUUCAGGAUUACCGAAAACCACCGUCAUCAACCCUGCCAACAGAACAGCACGAAACCUAACGGCACUGGCUGCGGCGAACAACGCGAGUAACAAUGCCCUGAACCGAUUAGCCACCGCAUCACCGUCAAUGACUGUGAGUCGGGUGGCGAUUAAUAAACCUACAGGAGGUAGAGCUACAAACGCCCCGGGCGCAUCCGUUCCUUCGAUGCAUGUUUCGAAGGUACCUGAAAUGAGCAUGACGGUGAUUCACAGCAAUGUCAGAAAACCGCCGGCGGUGGCGCCGACGACCGCGGCGAGUAAUAUCAUUACCGUUACCAAGCAGAAGCCAGCCAUCGUAGGUAGCAUUGGUAUUAACAGCAACCGCACAAGUGACGGUGGAAUGACUAUCACCAAAGCGACUGCCUCGCCUACUAUACGGCAGAUUUUGCCCUCUCAUAUAACGGUUAAAAAUACCUCGACAGCAUCGUCAGCGACGUCCGUAAACGCAGCUGCCUCUGGUGCAGUGCUAGAAAACAACGGAAAACCAAGCACGACGGCCAAUGUUGUGACGGCAUCGUCUGCGGGAGCUCCAGCGAGACCACUUGUUUCGAUGGUGGUCCGGGCAGCACCACAACCUACGACUACUUCCACGUUACCGGUGGGACAGUUUCAAUCGGCCGUGAAGAACAACGUGUACAUUCGUAAACGCAAAAACGAAACCAUCCUUCCGGCGGAUGUAGGUGUGAAGGCAAAACAACAAGGGCCAAUUUUAGUUAACGAUGUACGACCAGAAGUCAUCGUUCCAGCGAAGCGAGCCAAAAUGGACGAGUCUCGGGGUGUGAGCCAGGUGGCAACAUUCGUUGGGCCAAACCGUCUCGGCGGUGCUGCUACAAUUACGGCAAAGACCACACUAACCAAGGAUGGCGUUAAAGGUGUGGUUCCGGAAGUGGUAGAACUGGAAUAAAACUAUCUGGCGAAAGCAAUUUAGUAAACAAAUGGACUGAAAAUAAUUUGCAUUGGAUGGAAAUGCACGCCCAGGAUCAGCAAAACUUUUAAAUUAAUUAAUCUAUUACUUUAAGAAGAAAACUGUAUUGAACGGUUUAUAACGCAAACAAUCUUGGUUUCAUACCAUAGGUAACCAACAAACAAAAAAUAGUUUAUCUUUUUAAUUAGCUUAGAGAAUAUGUUUUCGGUUGACGUGCUUCCUUAUUUAUGUUGCCUAUUUAUUUCACGGCUCAGUUGGUAAAACGGAGCUCCCUUUUGUUACCUUUUUGUUUAAUUUUCAAUUAAUUGGAGUAUCAAAUACAGCAGGAUCUCUCGUCCCGUUGCUAAAUACAGGACAACCCCCACAUCGUCUCAUGCUAGUACUUUAACAGAGUAAUAAAAUACAUUCUACGGCACAAGACUACGAUUGUCAAAAAGGAGUGAAAUUUCCAGUUUUUAAAAAGCGGUUAGAGUUUCGGAACGUGUGCGGUACGUGGAAAGGAAAUGGAAGUAUUAUUAUCUUCAACACUUAAAGGACUAAGCUGGCAAUUCAAUCCUAGCUCUACCAUCGGUUGUGCGUGUGACGAAAAAGAAGGUGAAGAUUUCGCAGCUUCGUUUAGCAAUUAAACAACUAUGGGUAUAACAUAUGGGAAACGUGUAGUUCAUAAGUCAGUCUCACCCCCCUCUGUAAUGUAUGAGUAAUGGAAGGUGAUGUCGUAUGAUUGCUAUUGGCACCAUACAGGGACCGUGGGAAGUUGAAAUGGCUCAAGGAUAGGGAGGAAACAUACUUUAAUGCGAUAUAAACAAUCGUUCUGGGCGCGGGGGUGGGAAAAUAGGUGUUUGUGUACGUUUAUUAGACUUUCAAUGGUAACACAUUGUGUACAUACUUUGUGGUUUUGAGUUGUGAAAUGAAUUUGAAAGCAAUUUAAAUAAAUGUAAAUCUCUUUUAA